UCAACACCCAAUGAGGAUACAUGCACCCCGAGCAUCCGCGCCAGAUACAAUGCCAGUCUUCGAGCGGCCGUCUCUAGGCGCGGGGUUUGCGUUGUAAUCCGUCCCCGUGAGAUUGGUUGUGCAGGGAUGGGAAUGGACGAAUGUUGGCUGACUAAGCGGAAUUGAAGCUCAAGCUACGUCAAAGCAGUUGCGACUGGGGAUGGAGCUGCCAGCACCGAGCCAACUCCGACAGUCGACCCUUUGCUGCACCUCAGAGUAGCCCGCCUUCACGGACGCCGUCAUGGACAUUGUACAGGCCGUCUCCGGCUACAUCACGAAGAUGGUGUCUGCCGGAGACAGCGCUGCGGCAGGCACCUCGGCCGCGAAGAUGAAGAUACUCCUGCUGGACAACAACACGGUUUCGAUCGUCUCUACUGCGACAACCCAAUCCGCCCUUUUGAACCAUGAGGUCUACCUCACCGAUCGAGUCGACAAUCAGGCCAGAGAGAAGAUGCGUCAUCUUCGCUGCCUGUGCUUCGUGCGACCGUCGCCCGAGUCUAUACAAAGCUUGAUCGAGGAGCUGCGGGACCCCAAGUACGGGGAGUAUCACAUAUACUUCAGCAACAUCAUCAAGAAAUCAUCCCUCGAGCGACUCGCAGAAGCCGACGACCACGAAGUCGUCCGCGCCGUGCAGGAAUACUUCGCCGACUUCCUUGUCAUAAACCCCGACCUCAUGUCGCUGAGUCUGGGAUUCCCGCAGCACAGGAUAUGGAGCGCGAAUCCGGACACGUGGAAUGCAGAGUCUCUGCAGCGAUCGACCGAGGGUGUUUUGGCAUUGCUCCUUGCUUUGAAAAAGAAGGCCUUGAUCCGCUUUCAGAAGAACAGUCCUCUGGCUAGGAAACUGGCAACUGAGGUGCGAUACAAUAUGACACAGGAGGAGCAGUUGUUCGAUUUCCGGAAAACCGACACACCCCCAAUACUACUGAUCGUAGAUCGGAGAGACGACCCCGUCACGCCGCUGUUGACCCAAUGGACAUAUCAGGCAAUGGUGCAUGAGCUGCUUGGCAUCAACAAUGGUAGGGUCGACUUGCGCGAUGUGCCAGACAUACGGCCUGAGCUCAAGGAAAUUACUCUUUCGCAAGAUCAAGAUCCAUUCUUCAAGAAGAACAUGUACCUCAACUUUGGUGAUCUCGGUCAGAAUGCCAAAGAAUACGUUGAGCAGUUCGCGUCCAAACAGCAAGGCUCACAAAAGCUCGAUUCGAUCGCGGACAUGAAGCGAUUCAUCGAGGACUUCCCGGAAUUCCGCAAACUGUCAGGCAACGUCACAAAACAUGUGACUCUGGUUGGAGAGCUCAGUCGAAGAGUGGGAGAGGAUAACCUUCUGGAAGUGAGCGAGCUGGAACAGAGUUUAGCUUGCACGGAUAACCACUCCAGCGAUGUAAAGUCUCUUCAACGCCUCAUACAAGAUCCAAAGAUUCCCGCAGAUAACAAGCUACGACUCACAGCCAUAUACGCUCUGCGGUACUCGAAGCACUCCUCCAACUCUACACCGAUGUUGCUGGAUCUGCUCGAGGUCGCCGGUGGUGUUUCCCGGCACCGCAUUAGUCUCGUCAAGAAGCUAUUAGCGUAUCACAACUCCCUACAGGCUACUAAUGUUGCCGGUGGUAUCCCUGAGCUCUUCCAGCCAGGCUCAUUCUUUGGUGGUGCUCGCGAUCGACUAAAGGGCUUGAAGGGCGUUGAGAACGUAUAUACCCAGCAUUCACCGCGAUUAGAAGCAACACUGCAGGAGCUCAUCAAGGGACGGCUAAACACACAGGUUUAUCCGUUUGUCGAAGGUGGCGGAUCCACCAAAGAUAAGCCUCAGGACAUCAUCAUCUUCAUGGUGGGCGGAACGACAUACGAGGAAGCGAAGAUGGUCGCGCAAGUCAAUGCAAGCUCACCUGGAGUCAGAGUAGUCUUGGGUGGCACAACGGUGCACAACAGCUCGUCCUUCUUAGAGGAGAUCGCCGAAUUCUGGCCAGAGCCGGACCCCGCGGCUGGUCGAACAAGACGAUGAAAUCGACCGUUCGUGGGAGCCGGGACAGUACUCGCAUGUCUUACGCGUUGUCCGGACAACUUGGGUGGAUUCUUAGACGGCAUGCAGUUAGGUGUCAGGCGUAGCAGGCGUAGCAGGCGUAGCAGGCGUAGCAGGCGUUGGUGCUUGAGCUUACAUCUUGUAGAAGAACGCGGUCAUAGUUUGCGCAUUAUGAUAGGCAAUACCAGCAAUCCAAC